CUUUAAUAGCAAAUGUAUUUUCCAGUUUUCUUUUUUAUGUCUGUGCAUCUAUUCUUAAACUUGGCUGCAUCUGCUUACAGAGGAUUUGGUUUCUGUUGAGUGUUACAUGAGCUUGCCUUACACAUUUUUUCCCCUCUUUGCUUCAUCAUGACUGGCUGUUCAGGCCUGGGAACCCCCUGUACAUUUUUGUGUGAUGAGCUGUACAGUGCCUUUUGCUACCUUGCUGAUGGGACUAUUGCUGACCAGAACCAUGGCCUGGACCUCGACUGGGAAGACGCAUGCUGAACUGAUCAACAAUCUUUACAAAAAUGGUGUGAUUAAGUCUCAGCGAGUCCAUGAUGUAUUAUUGGCCACAGAUCGAGCACACUACAUCAAGUAUUUUCCAUAUAUGGACUCUCCUCAAUCCAUUGGAUACAAGGCUACAAUCAGUGCACCUCACAUGCAUGCUCAUGCCCUAGAGUUACUGAAGGAUCACUUAGUGGAAGGAGCAAAGGCACUGGAUGUGGGGUCAGGAAGUGGAUACCUCACUGCUUGCUUUGCUAGGAUGGUGGGUCCUAUGGGGAAGGCAGUGGGAAUUGAACACAUUAAAGACUUGGUUCAUGAAUCCAUGAGAAAUGUCAGAGAGGAUGACCCAACCUUGCUUAGCUCUGGACGUGUGAAACUUCUAGUUGGGGAUGGCAGAAAGGGCUACCCUGAAGAAGCCCCUUACGAUGCCAUCCAUGUUGGAGCAGCUGCACCCACAGUGCCAAAGGAGUUGCUGAAUGAGUUGAAACCUGGAGGACGACUAAUUUUGCCUGUAGGGCCUGAGGGUGGAAACCAGGUUAUGAUGCAGUAUGACAAAACCAAAGAUGGACAAAUUGUGGAGAAGCAACUGAUGAGUGUAAUCUAUGUUCCUCUGACAGAUAAGGAGAAACAGUGGCCUCGGGAUGAAAUUUAAAAGAUUUAAAUCACUUGUAAAGGAUCUCUUGGAAAGCCAGGAAACUGUGCUUGGAACAGGCAUUUAUAUGCUGCAUAUACAAAUAUAUAAAGCUUUGGGGUUUU